UAAAUAUAAAUAUAAUAAUAUAUGAGUGACUCGAGUCAACUGAUUUCUAAUAUAAUGGAUGAAAGAAAAGACAAUAUAGUGCCCAUUGAGGACAGCCUACGAACGGACAGACAUAACAAUGAUACCAGUGCCUCAUCGGGAUGUUGUUCUAUGUUGUUGACGGUGCUAUCGGUUAUACUUAUUAUCUGUACCCUACCGUUCUCACUAAUAUUCUGUAUUAAGGUAGUCAACGAAUAUGAGAGGGCAAUAAUGUUUCGAUUGGGUCGUCUAGUAAAAGGAGGUGCUAAAGGUCCGGGAUUGUUUUUUAUCAUACCAUGCAUUGACACCUACCGGUGCAUUGAUAUCAGAACCGUGUCGUUCAAUGUUCCGCCACAACUGGUCUUAUCAAAAGACUCGGUCACUGUUACGGUUGACGCCGUUGUCUACUAUCGAGUGUUUAACCCGACGGUCACCGUUUGCAAUGUCGAAAACUAUACCUUAUCCACACAAUUGAUGGCCGCGUCGGCGUUGCGCAACAUUUUGGGCACUCGAGUGUUGUCCGAUAUAUUGGCCGACAGAGAAACCAUAUCGAGUACAAUGCAAAACACGUUAGAUGAGGCCACCCAUCCAUGGGGUGUCAAAGUGGAAAGGGUUGAAAUAAAGGAUGUCAAACUUCCGCAAGAAAUGCAACGGUCUAUGGCUGCCGAAGCAGAAGCGGCCAGAGAUGCCAGAGCUAAGGUAAUCGCUGCUGAAGGCGAACAGAGAGCCGCCCGUUCCCUGAAAGAGGCGGCAGAUGUGAUCAGUGAGUCUCCAUCUGCACUACAACUCAGAUAUUUACAAACUCUAACAACUAUUGCCACCGAAAGAAACUCCACUAUUGUUUUCCCGAUACCAAUGGAGUUAUUCAAAGGGUUUGGUAUGAAUCAGCAAACCUUAGAAAAUUAAAUAUUAAUUUUAUCUAAAAUCUAUUUUUAAUAAAUAU